CCACGAUCCCGACGACCAUGGCGAGCCGCCCACCAUCUCAGAAGGUCGGCGUCUCGUACUCAGGUCCUCCACUCUUCCUCGCGUCCGGGACGUGGAAGCAAAUACAAUCGUCUCUCGAGGCCCAACUUCCCCUCCGCAACAUUCACUGGAAGCCGGCGGGACACUCAUCCAUACGCACCAUUCAAGAGCUUUACGUGAACUUCGUCCCCCUCGCAAGUGUGAGAGACGAGAGUGCUUCUCAGGUCCCGGUGACGGUGUUGGACAAACCGUUGCUGCAUCUGUUCUUCGUCGCUUGUGAUGACGCAGACCUUGAGCUGUACAGGACAACCGCGAAGAAGCAGAUCAAGGACUGGCACACCUCUGUCGUGAACCGCAAGAACCAAGAAUGGCUCAUCGUUCAGGUCGUCAAACCCGAAACCAAGCCCACGACCGGCAACUUCUUCGCGAUCAAGGGCAGCGUUAUCGACAAGAUUCGCGCCGACUUCAACGCCGACAAGCGCGACCGAUGCGUACAGCUCUCCUGGUCGUCCACGGCGGCAGACAACCCCGCUACGUGGGCUGAGCCCGUGAACAAGAUCAAGGAUGGACUCGUGUCCGCGUUCGACCUCGUGCUGCAACAACGCGAGGAGGAAGUGAAGCGGUCCGAGAGUCAGAAGUCCAUGCCAGGCUGGAACUUCUGCACCUUCUUUAUCUUAAAGGAAACCCUUGCGACCUCAUUCGAGGGCAUCAGCUUAUUUGAAGAUGCCCUGGCACAGUACGAUGAGCUCGAGAUCAUGUUCUACGGCGUACUCAAGGACAAGAACCUCUCAUGGUUCGGCACUCUCAUCAGCCCCGCACCCAACGACGACUCCGCCCCCUUACUCUCGAUCUCCAAGAAGCCCUACAAGGACCUCAUCCUCGCCAACACCAUCUCCGUCUUUGAUUUCCGCAUUUAUACCCUUGCCCGCCAAUGUCAGCUUCUUGCCAACCUCGGCCGCCUCAACGAAGUCAGUCACAAGACAAGCGCAUUCCUUAGCGCGUUCGGACGCCGGCUGCGCGAAGUCCAGAACACGCUACCUCAGUACUUUAUAGAAUCAUGGACGUACUCUUCCGCUCUCAGUGUUGUCGAACAGUGUGACUCGUGGUUGAAGGCCUUCCGCGUCGAAGGCCCUAAGGUAGCUGCACUCAAUGCGGGGAAGGGCGAGCUUUUGGAGCUUGCCAGGAUACAACUCGACAACAUCGGCAUUAGCGCCGGUCAUCUCCCUAACAAACCACCUUUUUCGAACGCGUAUCAGGGACCGGCAGCGAAGACACAAUCAUCAGCGAAGAUCAGCAAUCGUGAGGUGCAGUCCGCUAUCGACGAUAGCGACUUCUUCUACGACUUGUACAUCCGCACGACGAAGUCGGCGAUCGACAUGUAUGCCAAGGCUGGGCGACGGAAGUUUGCGCUCAAGUUACACGGAAGCCUAGCUGCCCUCGAUGUGCAUCGACAACGCCUCAGCACAGCGCUGACCACAUUCACAUCCCUUCCUGCACAUUACUCCCCUCACCAUUGGACGUCCUUGGAAUUCUUCGUCCUUUCGCGUGCGCUUGAUACGCACGCAGCGCUGGACCAACAACACGACCGAGAGUGGAUCCAUACGCUACUAGCGUUUCUGGCAGCUUAUGUGACGACGAUGGGCAAGGACUUGCUCAUGGAUCAGCAAGAUAGUGAGACAUACCUGACGGACCUGGUCGAAGCAUUGCGGAAAGCGUCGGCUGAGCUUGAGCAGGAACUGCAACACUCCGACCAUCCGGCGGUGACGCUGACCGUGGCAAGUGAAGCCAGUCAUUCGGGAGACAAGGAUGGCAACAACCUCGACGUCGUCGUGACGAACCGUCUGCCUAUCGCCCUGCCUGCUACUGAAGUCAUUGUCAAUCUCGUUGGCAGGGACUCGGAACGCUUGACGUUUAGGGCAAAGACGGAGGGACUUCCGCCCGGCAAGACUAAGCUGACUACAUUCUCUCCCAUCCCAUUGCAUGGGACAUUUGCCUUGGACACUAGCGCGGUGCACUUAUCGAAACUCGUGCUGCAGCGGACACAUCGCAAGAGCGGAAGCUCGGGCAAAGUUCUCCGUUCGGCGAGGGAUGUUACGCUAGUCAGAAUACCGCAGGAUUUGCUUGCCCUCGACGUGCGCGUGAAGCAGCCGGAUCUAAUUCAGAUGGGCCGAAAGACCGUGUUGGUCGUACUAUCGACGGGGCGGAAUCACGUUUCUCGGGCAACGGUCAAGUUGUCCUCGCAGAAUGUGCAGUUCGAGCAUGCAGGGGCCGUUCUCGCACCUGCAUCUUCUCACUUUUCCAUCGAGCCUUCCGAAGAUGGCUUCAUCCUCACGGACAUACCUGCCGAUAAACAUGUGCAAGUUGAGGUGCCACAUGUUGGAGUGCCGUCCUCGCGGGUGAUGCCUGUCGACGUCUCGGUCGUGUACGACGUCGAUGACGACCCAGAGACGACACGCGAGCUUCAUCUGGCGCGCGGCGUGAUGACAUCGCUGCCCAUAGCCAUUCAUGUCAAAGACCAUUUCCGAGGAAAGAAGCUGUUCUCUCGGUUUGUCGUCGAAACGACCACUCAUCAGCACAUCCGUAUAUCGGAGGCGCACUUGGAACUAUUGGAGCCGAUGAAAGGCGUGACUAUCUCGUCCGUGCGCGCAAGCAAGGCCAGAGUCGUGACGGUCACGCCUAACCAGCCCGCUUCGUUCCUCUUUUGCAUGCACUCGGAUGCGGGGCCAGUUCUCGAUCCGUUGCGCUUCAGUAUCCGGUAUCGCAUAUUGCGAGAAGAGGUUCAAGAGCUUCUCGAUGAAUCAAUACGCUCAGCGCUGGGCGAAGAAAUCGCUGACCUUCCCAGGCGGGCGAGCCUCUUGUCAAACCUUACCCACGCAUUAGAGAGCGACACGAAGUGGAUACAGCAGUACAGCAUCACUGGGGAGCUCGACGUACCGAAUCAAGAAUCUGACGAGGCUAACGCGCCGGUGCUCGACCUGCUCAAGGCCCAUCGACACGCCAAUCCACCGAAAGGCAGGUGGAAGGAGCUCGCUAUCCCGGUCGACAUUCCGACGAUGAAUAUCGUGGCCGCCGCGGGCUUGCGCGUAACCGCCAAUCCGUCUUCGACGUCCGAGGAUGCGUCCCCGUUCUACGCUGGCCAGCCGCUCUCGGGUAUCAUCACCGUCCGCACGUCCUUUCACUGGAGCGACAAGCCGCCAGAUCCGGACAGGCAGUAUCUCAUCCGGUUCGAGCUCGAAGAGCUGGUGCGGGACUGGCUCGUGAGCGGGCGGAAACGGGGUGACUUUGCUGCUCAGAACGACGGCGAAUUCUCUUUCCCGGUGACAUUGAUUGCACUGCACCAUGGGGAGCUCGCGCUGCCCAAGGUUAUCAUCACGCCGCUGCCUAUAGCGGGAGAGAUGACGAUGGGAUCGGUGGCGCUGCCAAGUUUGCGGACGUACCAGGAGCACGACGCGGAGACUGUGCUUGUACUGCCGAGAGGUGGACGGAGUACAUUUGUGCUGGGGGCUAGUUAGUCGUUAUGGAACUCUGCUCAGAUACCUAUCCAGUAUAUACGUCUACACGAAAGACUUAUCGGGGCUGGAUUGAGGGGACACUCGAGCUCAAAUCGCAGGCUAAC